GUGUGAUUCAUAAAACAAAUAUAAACUCACUCAUUGGCAACAGUCUCGUGUGAGGGAGGGAUGGGAUUGCUGGCAUACAGUCAGUCACUCUUUGUGUCCCAUAUCUGGCGGAUCUAUCGUGGACGCGCGCUCACAAUAUCUCCCAGAAUUAUCAGUAUUUGUGCUAUUUUUACUGCAAAAUGACGUACAAAACGAAGAUGAGGAAAACUCUGAAAGCUAAAAGCAUGCUAGCUGCCCGUAGAAGGUGCGAGCUGGCUAGAAUCCGUGGAUUACGCACUUUGACGAGUGAAGAUCGUGGAGGCCUCUCAGCCACGAGUGUCGCAGCCCGCUAAACAAUCCCACCCUCUGCCACCGCACAUUCUCCACCUUCUACUCCAGGUCUUGCACCUGCUACUCCAGAUGUUCCACCUGCUACUCCAGGUCUUCCACCUGCUACUCCAGACGUUCCACCUGCUACUCCAGACGUUCCACCUGCUACUCCAGACGUUCCACCUGCUACUCCAGACGUUCUCGCUCUUGAUGUUGCAGGGCCCAGCACCUCAAGUGCUGUUGCAGGGCCCAGCACCUCACGUGCUGAUUUGACAACUGCAAACAUUUCCAGAAAGCGUAAACGUAUCCAGAACAGUGCCGAGAAACGACUAAGUUUAUUUAGAAAACAAAUAAUUGGAAGUGACAGUGACACUGACAAGGACGGUGACACUGAAGGUGACACUGAAGGUGACAGUGAAGUGAAAUAUAGAGUAAAGCCACGUGAGUCUGCGCUAAUUGUCACGGAUAGGAAAAUGGAAAAAUGCCUUGAUAAAUUUAGCGUGUGCAUAAACUGUAAACUGGAUAAUUUUCGUCAUCACAUUACGAUUGUGCAACAUAAUGUAAAUGUGAAAAGAACCUGUAAUCAUUGUCAUUUUUCAUUCACUGAAGAAUUGAUGGGAAAUAAUGAAAAUCUGAUAUCCUUAGUGUACACCAAUAUGCUAAAUGGACAUGGAUAUUCAUAUUACAGGGGUAUGUGUUCCAUGGCAAACAUGAAAUGUGUAUCCUAUAGUGUAUAUAAUAGGAUCCAGAAAAUGGUAAAAAAUGCUGCCAGUGAGAAAUGGGUGUACUUGAAACAAAAACACUCGUCAUAUUAUCUUCAAUCAUUAUAGAGAAGAAUUUGAUAGGCACUCCGUUGGUGGGAUCCUGGACAUUGAUGUAUCGUUUGAUGGAUCGUGGCACACAAGGGGCCAUCAUUCACAAAUUGGGUGUGCCUUUGUUGUGGAGAUAUUCACAGGUCUCGUUGUGGACUACAGUUGUUUCUGCAAAAACUGCAGAAAGUGCCAUGUGUUACUGACUAGAAAACAAAACGGAAAAUUAACACAGACCGAGUUUGACAGUGAGAUGCGUAAACAUGUACCUAAUUGUGAUAAGAACUAUGACGGCACUGCCAAAAAUAUGGAGGCUGAUGCCGCAGUAUUGAUGUGGGGUCGAUCUGAAGAGCUCAAAUUCAGGUAUACGACCUUGGUUAGUGAUGGGGAUUCAUCAGCCUUCAAUAAAAUUUGUGCAAUGAAUAAUGGUGCUGGUCCAUAUCGAAAUGUAACCGUGGAAAAGGCUGAGUGUAUAAAUCACUUCAGCAAGAGACUUGCAACACAGCUCCGGAACUUUCAGAAAACGGCUGUGGAAUUGAAAGAGACAAAAGGCAAUGUGAAAAAGACCAGACGAAUGUCACUGGUGAAAGGAAAAGGUAAAUUAACUGAUGUCACCAUUCAAAAGUUAGCAAGUUACUUCACCAAAGCCAUCCGGGAUAACAUCAACACAGACUGGAAACGAAUGAGGGAUGCCUGUCUGUCCGGACUGUUUCAUACAACAUCGACUGAUGAGAAGCCAAUGCACGUGCACUGCCCUAAAGGGAAAGAGUCUUGGUGUUUUUACCAGCAAGAUAUUGCAAAUGAAAAAACCCCAAGAUCACACAAGACGAUGAGGGUACAUUUCCAGCUACCCAGUGUCCACAUGACUGAAGUCCUGAAGAUAUACUAUAAUCUUGUAUCAGACGACAACAUGACUAAGUGUCUGAAGGGCAAGACUCAAAAUCCAAACGAGUCAUUACACCAACGAGUUUGGAAACUCGCCCCCAAACACCAGUUUGUCAGUCGUGUAAUGGUAGAAUUUGCCAUGGCAAUGACAGCUGUCAACUAUAACGCUGGGUAUGUGAUGGGAUCACUGAACAACCUCCUCGGUCUACCACAAAGUGACGUACGAGACUGGUACUUGAACAAAAAGGACAAGGAUAAGCAGAGACCAACGAGACCCACAACCAAACCAAGAAAGGCCCCUGAGGGAGCUGACCCCGGCUAUGGCGGUGCCUACUAGUGCCACUCCAGUGCCACCUUGAGGACCCAUAUUUCUGACCAAUUAUAUUAGGCGAUCUGCAUGGAACUUGCACACCUUACUGAACCCAUGCCUAUCUACAAGGGUGCAAAUUUUGAAUGAUAUCGGUCAACAUCAACCUCAGCUAAAGGUGGCUGAACUUUAACCUCCGUUUGUGCAGGCUGCGAUGCUGAAACUUGGCCCAGUUGCAGCACCUUUCACAUGUAUCAGGAUAAUAAAUUUUCAAUGCCCUAAAACAACUUUUAAUUUUCAUCUAACAAACCCCUAAUGCCAAACGAGGGGUCAGUUGUGCAAGGCUUGAACCCAAGAGCAAAGACUACAGUGACAAUACCCACCAAGGGGUCAGGCUCGCCCUUGAUAGAAAACACUAUAGUGGCAUUGCCCACCCAGGGGUCAGUUAUGCGAGGUUGGCCUCCGAUAGAAAAGACUAUCGUGGCAGUACCUCCCCAACCACCAGUAGUGUGUGGCUGUCCCCACGCAGGAAAGACAAAAGGGUUAGCGUUAGUAAAGACUCUAGUGGUAGGAAAGACAAUAGUGCGAAAAAAGACAAUAGUGACACUACUUGCCCCAAGGUCGACCCUGGCGAGUCGGCCCUGAGAGACAACGCGAAUCCGAACCCCGGGGGUCACCACUGUGUGGUUGAUCUCUGAUGACUCUGACGCCAGCAACCCCGAAGUCGACCCUGGGGAGUUGGCCUCGGCGGGAAAGGAUCCUUGCUCCUCCACUCACCCUGGGGCCAGCACCAGGAGGCUGGCUCUGUGAGGGCGGGCUCCAGCUCCAGCUCCACUAUCAGGGCCACACCCACCGUGCCAGCAAUCCACGGGCUCUCCAGUGACGAACAACAAGCACAUGUAGACGACGACGACCGUGACUUCUGGGACAGCCCUCUCUCCCAAAGACCCCGGAACAGGCGGUAUACCUUCAGGAGGGUUAACAAUGGGUCAGAUGAUAGUAGUAAUAGCCACGACUCCCAACCCUUCCCAAUAACGAGUCAGGGGAUUAAUGGACUCCUGAAUCAAGCAAGGAAUGGAAUCCCUCGGUUAACAGAAGACGGGAACGACGCCCAGAUACCCUCUCAUGGUGCGCCCCCUGCCCCUGGGGCCGAGAACAGCACUGUCAUGGCGGGCCCAAACGCUCCAAGGGCAAACCAGCAACCUCAAAGACAGGGAGACACCCUAACCAUCUGGUUCCCGCUCCCCAAGCACUUCAAAUGCACAGAGACUGCCUGCUUCCACGUCCACUCAGGGAAGACAUGGACUUGCAAGAGAGUAUCACUAAUUAGACAACUGAGAGGUGGGCACGGACUAAAGAUAGAGAGGACCAGGUAUAUGUGCGCAGGGUGCGGCUUAACCCUAGGACAACGGCCAUCUACACAUUCAUGUGCACAGUUACAGAGAAUUCUGGCAUCAAGGCAAGAGGAAAAUGUUCAAUUGGCAUUUCCUUGUAGCAGACCGAACUGUGACUUCUCGUAUAACUCCGUAAUAGGGAAGAUGAGCCAUGAGCAAUACCACAUAAGGCAAGCAGUCCAGGGGCGAUGGAACGUCACCCAACAGAUUCCGGCCAGAAUGUUGCCACGCCUUACCCCAUCUCCCAAGC